CAUGGCCAGCGUGCAGCAGGGCGAGAAGCUGCUCUUCGAGAAGUUCUGGCGAGGCACCUUCAAGGCCGUGGCCACGCCGAGACCCGAGAGCGUCAUCGUGGCCAGCAUCACCGCCCGCAAGCCGCUGCCCAGCAGCGAGACAACAAACUGCCUGUCGUACCCAACAGAGGACAGACACUCAGAAAAGUCAAGUGGAAACCUUGCUCAGGAGGCCUCCAAAACCAAUGGCUGUGUGAAAGGAAAGGACCGCAGAGAGAAUACUCACCACAGAUCACGCAGCUCCCUGGGUCAUGAGGAGUGCAUGCCACCACCUCCCUCCAGGGGGAAGAAGAAGAAAAAGAAAUCUGCGCGUAAGAAGAGGAGGAGGUCUCCAUCGUACAGCCCCUCACCUGUGAAGAAAAAGAAGAAGAAAAGCUCAAAGAAGCGAAAACGAAACAGGUUGUCUUCAAAGAAGAGGAGACACAGCUCCUCAAGCCCAAAAAGUAAAAGAAAGGAAGAAAGAAAACACAAAAAACAGUAAGUAGAGAUGUCCUGAUCUAUCCCACAUGUAUCUGGUGAACUGCCCGUUACCAGUCAGGAGUGCAAGGGAGAUUUUGGUGCCAGACAGCCUCUCCGUUCUUUGUUGUGAUUCAGGGUCACUUAUAAAUGGGCCUCCAGCUGGUAAACUUCCAGGUGCACUUAGAAUGCAGAUUCUUAUUUUCCCAGCUAAAAUGAAGGGAAGGUUUUCUCCAUCAUAGAGACUGGUAAGCAGGGCUGGUUGGCAUGAGUCAAAUUUCAAAUUGUAACACUUGAACGUUUUCUAAUUAGAGGAAAAGCAAAACUUAAUCCCAAGGGUUUGGAAGAUGUUUGACCCUCUACCCUCUGUCUAAAGGGUAGAAAUCAAAGUUUAAGGAUUGCCUGUUUCAAAGGACAAGUGACAGGUGCAAGCUGUAGAGCUAGCACUUGGCUAUGCUGGAGCCUUAUGCAAAACUGAAUGGACAGAGCCUCAGAGAUAGUCAUAACCCAGACAUGUCAAUGGUAUCAGGAAGUGGCUUGGCACAUGGAAGGCCAACUGAGCUUGCUUUCUUCAUGCUGCAGGGAUAAAGGGCCUGCAAAUCAGCAGGGAGUUCUGAUGAAACAGAGUCCAUGUGUGCAUCAGCUCAGCCCUGGCAAAACACCUUCAGUGAACAGAGAGAAUAAUGGUCGCAAGAGGCCCAUCCACCUAUGCAGACUGAGUAAUGGGGCAUACAGGUAGCAGCCUGCCUUUGCAAGUGCUGUUUACAAAUGUGUUUACUCAGCCUGUGUGCAUAAGUCUGGGAUCUACACUUGGAACCUGCGACCCCAGAUGUGAUAAAAAGGCAAGAGGUGCAUCCUGGCAAGUGGCAGAGGGAUGAUUUGUUUCUGUGCCAUAAUGGGAGCAUUAGUUCUUACAAGGCUUUCUGCCUUCUCCCAGGGAUGGGGCUUGGAAGAAGCUAGGGAGGCCAGCCAGCACAGAACAGUGCACCCCCCACACCAUCCUCAACAGGAGGUCACGAGAGGGAGGAGGAUCACAGGGCUCCCUGCAGUUGGCUUAGUCUGGGAUGGGGCUCUGCA